UAAAUAUCAUAUAUAAUUAAGAUCGCGUUUAUUUUUUGAAUUGUAAAAUAAAAAAAUUAAUCAUAAAAAAUCAAUGCUAGUGUUUUGAGUGAAAUAAUAAAAGUUUUGUGUUUUUUAUUAUAUUUUUUUUAUACGAUUAAAAUAGAAAGGGGAACAAAAUAUGAAGGAAACAGUUUUAUCUCAUUGUGAACGGAAUUUUGUCAACAAAGCAAUUUCCUUUGAUACGCGUUUAGAUGGGAGACAAUUUCUUGAAGCUCGACCAGUGAAAAUUUAUUUCGGUUCAAACUGGGGAAGUUGUUUUGUAACUUUAGGACGAACCAAGGCUUUUGCUCAAGUUUCAUGCGAUAUUCAAGCGCCAUUGGGAUCGCGACCAAACGAAGGCACUUUACAUAUUUAUGUUAAUUUAAGUUCAUUUGUUACUCUACAAUCGGAAACAUCGAAACAAUCCGAAAAUGUAGCGUUAAUAAAUAGACAAAUUGAAAAAUGUAUUAAGGACUCAAAAUGCGUCGACUUGGAAUCACUUUGCAUUGUUGCCGAGAAAAAGGUUUGGGACAUAAGAGUUGAUAUAAAUAUUAUAAAUCACGAUGGAAAUUUAAUUGAUUGCGCAUCAAUAGCAGCAAUUACAGCACUUUCACAUUUUCAUCGACCCGAUGUUACUUGCGACGGUGAAGAAGUGACGAUUCAUUCAUUUUCAGAAAGAGAUCCAUUGCCAUUGACUAUUUAUCACUAUCCAGUUUGUGUUUCUUUCAUUGUAUUCGAAAACGGUUAUACGGUAAUUGAUCCAACAUAUUUGGAGGAAAGAGUUGGAGUUGCACAAUUAACAAUGGGCAUUAAUUCAUAUAGAGAAGUUUGUUGUUUACAUUUUGAUUAUUUAACCGAAACAACAUUAGCCGUUGAUGUAAUUCCUUCUGUUUCGGAUUUUGCUGCUUAUUACGCGAGUCAACUUACGAAUUUAAUUAAAGAUGUUGUUCAAAGGGAUAUCAAAUCAAGGUACGGAAAAUUGAAAAUUGAAGGCGGUCCUACAUUCAAAGAUUGUAUUACAGAAGACAAAGUCACGGCAUUGAAGGCUGAGAAAAUAAUUAUUCAAUUAUCCGCAUGGCAUACCGGCAUUAUGCCCAAACGUCCAGUUUUAGACGAAAGUAUGGAUGAGGAUGAGGAAAGUGACGAUGUAAAAAUGGAUUUGGAUAGUGAGGCAGUAAUUGUAAAAACAGGAGAAGGAUCUGCCGAUUUGUUCGAGGACAAGAGUAAAAUGAUUGGCAUGGGAGGAUUCAACACUUGGCAUAGUUCUGAUUCUGAUGAUGAUGAUGAUCCGGGUAUAAAGGACGUUGAAAUAGUUCAAGUAACAAAAACAAGAAAAAGAGUUCUCGACGACAUUGAAUUAAGUGGUGACAGCGAGGAAGAAAUGACAGCAACAAUUUCUACCAAGGACCUCGAAUAAAAUGUGCAAAAAAAAAAAAUAGGUAAAAUAUUUUUCAGUAAAAAGAAAAAAAUUUUGUAAUUGUUUUUUCUUUUUUACAAUGCGAAAAAAAAAUAAGGACAUAAAAUAGAUAAAUUUCUACAAAUAUAUCUAUUUAUAUAUA